AUGCCUCCUUGGGGACUGGCAAAGAAGCCUGUCAAGCUGUUCUUGAACUUUUCGUUUGGACAGUUUCUUUCUCAACCGUUAGAAGAUGAUCAGAUACUAAUAACCUCAAACGGUAUUGGCUGUAAAGAUAUUUACUUUAAUAUCGACAAACUAAAUGCCUUGCUAUCUGAAAGCGGAAUUCCUCUCGUCGUUUGUGUCGCUUACAUAUCUGAAGUAAUCAUCUGUCUCCCAUGGAGUGUUGAAAUUAAUGGGAUAGAUUUUGUGGUUCAAGCAAUUUCAGAGGUCUCCACACCAUCUGGAACCGAUGAACUGUUUAAUUCAAUGAUAUCUAGUGUAACAACUGCAGCCUUCGCCGUUGCUAAGGCUGCAAACAGUUCUACAAUUCCUACAAAUCUUUUCGAGGAGGGCUUUGUCCAAACAUCAGAAGAAGGUGCAAAUGUUGAGUCUACAGACAAAGAUAAAAUUCCAAAAGGCCUGCAAGAGCAAGCAUACAAGUUCUUCGAAAAUCUUACAGUUGCCGCCGAGACAAUGAGUAUCGGUACAAAAGGUGCAAGUUCGUAUGUUGAUCAAGACAGUAAACAGAGAAUUGCACAUAUGAUUGAUUCAUUGAUUGCACAGACUAGCAUUGUCCUACGCGAUGUUAGUAUUCGUGUUGAAUGUGAGCUAAGACUACCAGGGCUUGAUCGUGCUUCUGGAUUAACACUAUCCAUUAAACACUUAUCAAUAUCAAAUCAGUAUAAAACAGAGGACAGACAACCGCCUCCUUCACAAGCAACUGGUGGUCGUUGGUCGUGGUUAUGGUGGUGGCAAGGUUCAAACAAUACAAAUACUACUGGGAAGAACUCAGCCUCAUCAUCAUCAGCGUCACCGUCGCCUACUACAACUUCAACACCAUUAGGAAGUUUAUCAACUAUGUUGCAUAAAAUUAUUCAUGUCGAAGAAGUUAAUCUAUUUUGGGAUUUAUGGAGUACUACAUCUAGUCAAGUAAAAACACGUUCCAGUUUAUCUAGUUCACCAGAUCCAAGUGAAUCUUCGUGUUCACCUCUUUCUAACAAAAAAACAUGUGGUCCAACAGCUGAUACAAUGGUUUCAUCUGCUAAACUAUUAACUCUGUCCGGUUCAGAGCAUACAGCACGAUUAAGUCUACGUGUUGGCUCAGCACUAAGCGGAACACCGAAUUUCACACCAUCUUCAACUGUACAAUCAGAUGAUUCAAUGAGAUCAGCUAAUAUAAAUUCGAUGCCUUCUAACUCAAUGAAUAAUAAUACUAAUAUAAUAAUAGUAAUGUAUCAGACUUUCAAUUACGUUUACAUGUGGAUUUAG